GAACUGUAGCAGUAGUGAUUGGCACCCGGGGAACUUGAAUCUGUUGCACCAUUAUUUUCCUGUUGUACUUGACGUUUUGUAACAUGUUGCUGAAGGGUGUACGUGCACAUACCCGCAUUAUUUGAGUCAGGUGAAACAUACCUGUCUUGUGGGGCAUUUCACUUAUAACUCUAGGAUUAUGCUAUUACCAUUCCUUCUCCGUGGGUGCACUGCAAUGCACUAUGUACAGCAAGCGCUUUCUAGCACUCGGCUAUGCAUCAAUUGUUGCAACAUCAGAGGAGUAGCCACUUCCAGUGGCCACCUCUUACUCCGGAGGACCCCACAACGAUUUCUCAACCAGUCACGAGGAGCUAAAACUCACAAAAGGAAACAGCAGAACCAAGAAGAUGACUGGAAGAAAAGGAACAAGACCGUCCUCACAUAUAUCGCAGCUGCUGGAGUGGGAAUGAUUGGCUUGUCAUAUGCCGCUGUUCCACUUUACAGACUGUACUGUCAAGCAACAGGGCUGGGAGGCACAGCAGUAGCAGGACAUAACACAGAUCAAGUGGAGACGAUGAAGCCAGUCAGGGAACGCAUUAUUAAAGUGACCUUCAAUGCAGACACACACGCCAGCAUGCAGUGGAACUUCCGUCCGCAGCAGUCAGAGAUUUACCUUGUGCCAGGAGAAACUGCUCUGGCCUUUUAUAAGGCACGGAAUCCCACAGACAAACCAGUGAUAGGCAUUUCUACCUACAAUGUUGUACCUUUUGAGGCUGGACAAUAUUUUAAUAAGAUACAGUGUUUCUGUUUUGAGGAACAGAGGUUAAAUCCACACGAGGAAGUAGACAUGCCUGUUUUCUUCUACAUUGAUCCAGAGUUUGAUGAUGACCCGAGGAUGGCACGAGUUGAUACUAUUACACUCUCAUAUACCUUUUUUGAAGCCAAGGAAGGACAACAGUUGCCCCUCCCCGGGUAUAGCUAAUUAUUUAUUAUUCAGAGAAUUUUCAUCAGAAUUAUCUUCAGGGGAGUGUGUUCAGUAAUCAUUUUGGUAAUGAUUACUGUAUAUGUUGUCACAUUUCACUUCUAUGUCUGUAUAGACUGAAUCAAACAAAUAUAAAAACUGAACGGUAAUGAAGACUGAUCAUCCAUCUGUGAAUUCUGUUUGAGAUAAUUAAAUAUAAUUCACUGUUUUUAAUACACCAUAAGAUAAAAAUUAUUUUGAUAUCAAACAACUGAUCUGUGUAUGCAAAAUUUGUGAAAAUGUGUAAACAUUUUUGAGAAUGGUCAGAAAUGAGCUGCUUUUUUGGCUUACUUUAGAACACUAGAUGGCAGCAUUUGUGCAUUUUUUUUAUCGUCCUUUGAUGUAAAACAUAAUUAUAAAACUUAGCAAUUGCAUUGGCGUUUUUUGUGUAAUAAUUAAUAUUACAUGACAGGUAAUGUUGCAUCAUACUAGAACAUUAUUCUGUGCUUGCAUAUUUGGAUAUCAUACACAUAUAGCAGAUAUAUUAUUUAUAACACAUGCUCAGAUGCUGUCAGUGGUACUCAAGUGAGUAAUAUUGCACUAGACUCAAUGUUUCUUCAGAUUGGAUUAUACAUAAUCAAGCAGACACAAGUCACGACAGAAAUGAGAUCUUAAAAUAAAGAUAUUAAACGA